CGUCGCAGCUCGGAGAGCAGCCAGUGGCAGCGCCAUCAGUGCAGGCAAAGCAGAGAGAGAGAGAGCCAGCAGCUUCAGAUGGCGUUCAAGAAGCCAGCCAUCGUCACCCUCUCUUCCCUCCUUGUCCUGCUCCUCAUAGCGUCCGGAGCCGCCGCGGCGAGGGCGGCGCGCCAGCUGACCUCCGACGACAACGACGACGAUAUUGGUGCCGGUGCCGCCGCCGCUGGUGCUCCAGCUGCCGCACCGGCCGUGGCGCCCGUGGCUGCUGACGCGCCGAUCGAUGCCAAUGCCAUCCCGGCUGCGGCCGGCGUGGCGGGGACAGGUGGCGCUGCGGCAGCUCCGAUAGCCGCCAGCACGAUCCCGGUUGGGGCCGGGGCGGGCGCAGCGGGGGCGAACCCCACGGGCGGCGCCGGCGACCACGGGAUGGUCCUCUUCAUGCACGACAUCCUGGGCGGCACGAACCCGUCGGCGCGCAUCGUGGCCGGCAUCGUCGACAACGCGGCGGUCACGGGGCAGCUCCCCUUCGCGCGCCCCAACGGCGCCGUGCUGCCGCUCAACAGCGGCGUCAACGUGAACUCCGGCGCGGCGGGCGCCAUCGACAACAACAACAUCCCCUUCCUCACGGGCCUCGGCGGCGCCACCAACGCCGCCAAGUCCAUCGGCAGCAACGGCAACGGCAACGGCGGGAGCGGCGUGCCCGUCUUCGCCGGCGGCAGCCUCCCGCAGGGCACCACGCUGCAGAAGCUCCUCUUCGGGACCAUGACGGUGGUGGACGACGAGCUGACGGAGGCGCCGGGGCUGGGGUCCGCGGCGGUGGGCCGGGCGCAGGGCUUCUACAUCGCCAGCUCGCAGGAGGGCGUCAGCCAGACGGUGGCGGUCACGGCCAUGUUCAAGGAGGGCGGGUUCGAGGACACCAUCAGCUUCUUCGGCGUGCACCGCACCGCUGACUCGGAGUCGCACCUCGCCAUCGUCGGCGGCACCGGCAAGUACGUCGGCGCCAAGGGCUUCGCCAAGGUGGCCGUGGUGAGGCCCGGAGGGGUGGCCGCGUCCGGCGCGCUGCUCGAGACCGUGCUCCAGUUCACCGUGUUCCUCGUGUAAGUGUGUGCCGGAGAUCGAGCUACCAGCAGCAAAGCAACCAGGGAGGUUGCUGUGAAUGUGAGUUGUCUGAUGCUGCAACAAGU